AGGCAAAUCUGCAAAGGCAAAUCUCUCUUUCUAAGGCACACAAGAAGUAUGAACCAUUUUUGAAUAAAAUCAUUGAUCAUUAUGAUGAAAUGGCUUUGGUUGUUGGUAAAGAUAUAGCAACAGGGAGUUUUGCCAAAACAUUUGCUGACAUAGAUUUGGAUGAUGGUAACCAAGAUUCAGUGCCUCUAGACUGCUACAACGAAGAGGAUGAAGAGGUAAGAACAAAUGUAUCUUCAUCUGGCACAUCCAAACGUAAAAGAAAAAAUGUUCAAGAAAGUGUCGUUGAUGAACAAGUGAAAUUUAUGGGUGAACAACUUGGCAAAAUUGCUAAUGCUUUGGAACAAUUUACUGCGGAUAAGACACCACAGCUUUACGAACAAGUGAUGUCGAUGGAGGAAGAAGGAUUUCAUGAUGACUUCUUGUGUUCUGUGUUUGAUUAUCUAGUGAGUCAUGAAUCCGAGGCCAAAGCUUUUUUAGUUAAAAAUAAGAAGCAUAAAAAAAUUUGGCUUCAAAAAUUUUCCCAAGGUUAAAGAUAUUGAUAAUUUUAUGUAGUGUAAUAUUUAGUUAUGCACUUGGACAAUGUUGUUAUUAUGUGGUGUACUACUAAUUAUGCAUUUGGAUAAUAUUAUUAAUUUCUAGUAUUAAUUGUGGUUUGGAAGCUAA